AUGGCUGAAGAGGACACCAAGAUUGACUAUGAUUUGGACAGUGCGGAGGACGGAGAGGAGAUUAUCCACUUCCUCAGUUCGUACUUGACAAAGACACUCCGCUUGAAGAUUGAUAAGUGGCACAAGUUAAUGACAUCAGACGAUACCAGAUCGAUAGUGCUGCGCUGGCUCUCAAAUCCCAAUGAACGCUUGCUUCUGAUAACAGUCAAUCAGACAGGAUAUUUCCAGCCCAUGCUGAAGUCACAUAUUGAGAAUAUGCUGAAUCGUACACCACUUGUGACCAUAAUAUCGUUGCCUUGGCGUGUAACCCAAUCCAACAUUUUCCAGAUUACCCCAUCGAUAAAGAGCAAGACGUGCUACUUUAUACGCAAGACCCUCCCCACGUCGCUCACCAACGAGAACUACCGUGAUAACAUAAUUUUCGGCGACACCUCCACUCGCUCCAUUGAGGACUUGGCUGUGCUGGUGGAGGAGAUAUUCUUUCCGCUGCUGAGCAAUCAGGUGAAUCGAAUCGAUUGGCCGGAGCCAAUUGCGAAGGACGUGGAGAGUCACAUGCAGGAGUUGCGUGACGUGGUGGCGGAGGUUCGUGGCAACAUCGUCAACAAGACCAUCCUCCCCAUGCCAAUCACCGUGGCGCGCGUGAUGGCGGCGUGCGGUGGAAUUGUGGCGGGCAACAGAGAUCUGUGUGAUGUGAAGAUGAAGAACUCCCUCGAGUGCACCAUCAUCAAGUGGGCAUCGCAGAUCAACGAUGUGCUGCAGCAGAACUCCGAGACGUUCUUCGACAGCAUCGGCGCUCGCCAUCCCACGCCCAUGAUGGAGGUGAGCUUCUGGCAGGCGCGCCAGGAGAAUCUCGAGAACAUCUACCAGCAGUUGCAGAAUGAGCGCUGCAAGGCGAUAGGGAAUGUGCUGGAGGCCAUUGACUCAGUGUACUAUUCCUCCUUCAAGAUGAUGUUCAAGAACGUCGUGGCGGCUCUGUAUGAGUCCAGAGACAUCACGCUGUACCUCCUGCCAUUGAUAACACACUUUGAACAAGUGGAAAACACAGACUUCGCUUCCUGUUCGCCCUUACUGAAGCCAAUGCUGCACUGUGUUUGUCUGACCUUUGCACACUCCAAGUACUACAACAAGACCCCGAGGAUUUGUGCACUGUUCAGGAUGAUCGUGAAUCUGCUGAUAGAUAAAGCCUUCAAGGCCCUGGAUCCGGACACACUCUUCCGGCGCGACAUGGACGAGAGCCUGGUGCUGCUAAACACAGCCCUGAGCAUUCUGAAUCGCUUCCAAGAUCUCUUCCACAUCUGUCGCGAUCGCCUGCCUGAGUACACAAAGUACGGCAACACUGUGAUUUGGUCGUUUCGCAUGGAGACCGUUUUUGAGCGAUUGAUAGCCUUUCGCGAGCGUUUACUGCUGAUCAAGAUGAUCUUCGAGACGGCCAAUGAUUACACCAAGCUUGAAAAGGUGGAAAUUGCGGGUCUCAAGGGACGCACCAUUGGCAAGAGGAUCGCCAAAGUGUCCCAAGAAUUCCAGGUGGCCUUCGAGAACUGGUCGACCAUCAACUUCAAUGCCCUGGAUCCGGAUCCGGCCAGAGAUGACUUCACCAAUCAUUGGCAGAGCUUCACGAAGGAGUGUCAGACGCUGGAGAGAAAGCUCUCCUACCUCUUCGUUCAGGCCUUCGAUGAGUGCCAGAACUUUGAUCAAGCCUGGAAGCUCAUCCAAAUGAUCUGGUGCAUUCUCAAGAGGCCUUUCAUCUACGCUGAGGUGGAGCACAAGUUCUACUCUGUGAUGAAGCUGUACGAAAAUCUGCUGAAUCUGAUGGAGUAUCAAUUUGAGAGAGGAGUUUCCAGCUACAAAAGCCAGGGUUUGGCUGCCUUGCCGUCAAACAGAUUCUUCCCACCAGUUUCUGGCGCCCUUCAGUGGAUAGACGAGCUGAAGCAGCACAUUUCUGCCCCUAUCAAGGACAUCUCUCUUAUUGACAUUCCCCUCUUCACUUCUGAAGAGGGCGAGAAGAUCCUCCAGCGAUCACAGAAGAUGCUCAGCGACAUGACAGCCUUGGGCGAGUGUAUCUUCGCCGAGUGGAGAGAUAAUGUAUCCAGUGUGGUCUCCAAGGGAAUCCAGAAGAAUCUCUUGCUUAGACAAAACGACCUCCUAUCGAUCAACUUGGAUGAGGAUCUUGAAGUCGUGCUGAAGGAAGUGAAGCACAUCAAUCUGAUUGGGAAAGCAGAUAUUCCGAAGGAUGUUCUCGACAUUUAUGCUAAGCAAGACAUCAUUUGGAAGAGUAAAGUGAAAUUGUCGCUGAUUGUUGUGAAUUACAACGCCAUCAGACAAGACACCGAACCAUGCGAGUACAAGUUAUUCAAAGCGAGUGUCGAGGAAAUCGAUGAGACACUGAAGAAGGCUCUGGAGUCCUUCACAUGGAAGACAUUAGAUCUGGAAUACAUUGAGAUGGUGUACAAGAAAACCGAGCAGCUCAAUGACAAGAUACAGAAGAUUCAUGAUAAUGUGAGGGAAGCCAUCUCCAGUAUUAAAACGUGGGGAUGCAAACCAUUCUUCGAGCGGAGAGACAGAAACCCAAAGUCACUGCUGAACAUCGAUGAGAAGCCAGAUGUGAUCAAGAAGCGAUCCGCAGAGUGUCUGAAGUCAACGGAAAUGAUCCAGAAAGCGAUUGAAUGCAACUUGAAGCUGUUUCGGGACAAUCUUGAGGACAAGACGUUCUCUGAGAAAGGUCUUCAAGUGUCCUUUUCCGAUCCCGAAGAUGCCGAAGAGGACACUGAAAGCAGUCAACAGGAACUCUAUUCGGAGUACAGAAAUUACGUGGAUGAUUUGGUGCUUGUCGAGAUCAAGUCGGCCAUCAUGAAUAGUUUGCAGUUCAUCAAGGCCGAAAUGGAGAAACGCGGAACUUCACACACAAUUCUCGAGGUUCAUCUCGAGCUGCAGGAUCAGGAAAUGAUCUUCACGCCGGAUCUUGAGGAGAAUUCUGUAUGUGGAUUCAUAAGUCGCGUUGAGGAAAUGAUGGAUGCCAUCAUUUCGAUGGCAAACUUUGUGCCACGCGUGAACAGAGUGAAGAAGACGUACAAGGAAAUUGUCAAUGAAGAUGACGAAAUUGCAACUGUGAAGCAUGAAAUACGAACAAAUGUGCUGAAGACCAUCAAGCAGGCCAAACAGGAGGUGAAGAUGUUUGAAAAGUAUCGCUUUCUCUGGGUGGAUGAUAAGAGUCGAUUUCUGGAGAAGAUACAGAAAAGCAAGACGGUGACUUUUGCUGUUGACGAAGAAGCAGCGACGGAAGAAGUUGCUGUGGAAAUGGAGGAAGAAGAGGACAAUACGCUUGAGCAAUUUCGCGAAAAUAUCGAUCGCUACUAUCAACUGUAUGACGAUAUUGACAAGAUAGAGGAGAAGAUUGUGAUUAAUGGGUGGUUCAGUUUGGACGUGGCGGCUUUCAAGCAGAGCCUCUUGAACGAAGUCGCCAAGUGGAUUGAUGUCCACAAGCAAUAUCUGAUGAGUGAAGUUGAGAAGCAAUUGAGUGAAUUGUCACAGUUUAUAAGGAGUGGAAUGGCAACACUCAACCUGGAGAUCGACAGAGAUGAUUAUGAGACGCUGCUGAAAGUCAUGGAUGUUUUAGCUCAAGUCAGAGAUCGUCGGAAUGACAUCAAUAAUCUCUUUGGGCCCAUUUCCAACACAAUCGAGAUGUUGAGGCUCUACGGAGAUGAUUUCAAUGAAGACAUUCACACGAAGCUUACAGAUUUGCCUGAAGAGUGGAACAGAAUGAGGAAAUUAUCGGUGCAGGUGAAGCAAUCAAUUGCUCCAAUUAAGGCUUAUCAGAUGGAACAAAUCAGCCAGAGAAUUGUGCAAUUCGACAUUUAUCUUCAAGUCUAUCGAGACUUCUUCAGAGAAUUUCCAAAUUACGUGCAAACCUUCAAGGAUCCCUGCUAUCGGGUUUACGUGUGCUGUGAUAAGAAGAACAUCGAAAUCACUCGUUUGGAAGAUCAACUGCAAUUUCUCACAGACUCAGCGCGACUCUUUGAACUUCAUGCGCCGGAAAAUGCAAAGGUUUUGCUGUGUCGCCGGGAGAUUCGCCUGGUGAAGCAACUGUGGGACUUUGUCUUCUGCGUGGAAUCGUGCAUUGAGCACUGGAAGAUGACGCCGUGGAAGAAGAUCGAUGUUGAGGAGAUGGAGCAAGAGUGUAAGAAGUUCACGAAGGAGAUCAGAGCCUUGGAUAAGGAUGUGCGCGACUGGGAGCCUUACAUCUACGUGGAGAUGAUCUUGAAGAAUCUCGUGACGUCCAUGAGAGCCAUCACGGAGUUGCAGAAUCCAGCCAUCAGGGAGAGACACUGGAUUGAGCUGAUGAAGGCCACGAAACUCCUGGACAUCUACAAACUGGAGGAUUUAAUUGAGUUUCGCACAAAUGAGGCCACAACGCUCGAGGGUCUUUUGGAUCUGAAUCUGCACAAUCACGAGGAAGAGGUGAAGAACAUCGUGGACAAGUCCGUGAAGGAGAUGCAAAUGGAGAAGACUCUCAGUGAUUUGGACAUGACGUGGCGAGAAAUGACCUUUGAAUUUGAACUGCACGAGAGAACUGAAUUGAAUCUCUUGAGAGCGUCUGAAGGUCUUGUGGAGACACUUGAAGACAAUCAAGUGCAGCUGCAGAACUUAAUUGCCUCAAAGCAUGUCCACUAUUUCUAUCGGGAAAUAUCUGAGUGGCAAGCGAAGCUGUCCAAUGUCGAUCAAGCCACAACGACGUAUUUUGAGGUGCAGCGAAAGUGGAUGUAUUUGGAGAAUAUAUUCAUUGGAUCGGAGGAUAUUCGCAACCAAUUGCCGAAGGACACUGAGCGAUUUGACGACAUUGAUGCGAAAUUUAGGCGUCUUUUGCAGCAAAUGUCCGAGGCGAAGAUCGUCAUUCACAUAAUUGAGCUGGAAGGUUUGCAUGAGAGACUUGAUGAUGUGCUGAAACUUCUUGUGCUCUGCGAGAAAGCCCUGAAUGACUAUCUGGAAACUAAGCGAUUGGCCUUUCCUCGCUUCUACUUUGUCUCAUCUGCCGAUCUGCUGAACAUCCUGUCGAAUGGCAAUCGUCCUGAAUUCGUGGGUCGUCAUCUGACGAAGCUUUUCGACUCAAUAGCAAAGCUGAAGUACUUGGAGGAUGGCAAAACGGCCAUUGGGAUGCAUUCUAAGGAGAACGAUGAGUUCGUGGAGUUCUGCCGGCGGUGCGAUUGCACGGGAAAAGUCGAGGAGUGGCUGGGAAAGGUGACAGAGACGAUGCGAAGUACUCUGCACGCACUGUUCGAGGCUUCUGUGGUGGCUUAUGAGAAGAAGCCGCGACAUCAGUGGAUCUUCAACUGGCCGGCACAGACGGCGCUCUGUGGCACGCAAAUAUGGUGGACGACGGACGUUAAUGUGGCCUUUGAGAUGAUGGAAGAGGGAUACGAGACGUCUCUGAGGGAGUAUCUGAAGAAGCAAGUGGCGCAGCUGAAUGCUCUCAUCAAUCUCCUCUUGGGCGAUCUCUCCAUUGGCGAUCGCCAGAAGAUCAUGACCGUUUGCACGAUUGAUGUGCACUCGCGAGACGUCGUGGCGAAGAUGGUGGCGCAGAAGGUUGAGCAGGCGACGGCAUUUCAGUGGCAAAGUCAGCUGAGACAUCGCUGGGAUUGCGCGGCGAAGGACUGUUUCGCCAACAUUUGCGAUGCGCAAUUUCGCUAUGACUACGAAUAUCUGGGCAAUACGCCGCGCCUGGUCAUCACGCCGUUGACCGACAGGUGCUACAUAACGCUGACACAGAGUCUUCACCUCGUGAUGGGCGGAGCGCCGGCCGGUCCGGCAGGGACUGGGAAGACGGAGACGACGAAGGAUUUGGGACGCGCCCUGGGCAUUAUGGUGUACGUGUUCAACUGCUCGGAGCAGAUGGACUACAAGUCCUGCGGCAACAUCUACAAGGGCUUGGCGCAGACCGGCGCCUGGGGAUGCUUCGAUGAGUUCAACAGAAUCAGUGCCGAAGUCCUGUCCGUCGUGGCAGUUCAGGUGAAGUCAAUUCAGGACGCCAUCAAGACCAAGAAGACAACUUUCAGCUUCAUGGGCGAAACAAUAAGACUAAUUCCCACUGUUGGCCUCUUCAUCACCAUGAAUCCAGGAUAUGCGGGUCGAACGGAGCUGCCGGAGAACCUCAAAGCCCUCUUCAGACCUUGCUCGAUGAUCGUCCCGGACUUUGCUCUGAUAUGCGAGAUCAUGCUUGUGGCUGAGGGAUUUCAGGAAGCCAGGAUUCUGGCGAGGAAAUUCAUAACACUCUACACACUCUGUCGCGAAUUGCUGUCGAAGCAGGAUCACUAUGAUUGGGGCUUGAGGGCCAUCAAGUCCGUGCUCGUCGUUGCGGGCAGCUUGAAGAGAGGCGAUCGCCAGAGACCCGAAGAUCAGGUGCUGAUGAGAGCGCUGCGAGACUUCAACAUACCCAAGAUCGUCACGGACGAUGUUCCCGUGUUCAUGGGCCUGAUUGGUGAUCUCUUUCCGGCUCUGGAUGUUCCGCGAAAGCGCUCGCCGGAGUUUGAGAAACUCAUCAAGAAGGCGGCAACGGAAUUGAAGCUGCAAGCGGACAACAACUUUGUGCUGAAAGUGGUUCAGUUGGAGGAAUUAUUUGCCGUGCGACACUCUGUGUUCAUUGUUGGCAGUGCAGGCACGGGAAAGACACAGGUGUGGAAGACCCUAUUCCGCACCUAUCAGCUGGAGAACCGGAAGCCACAUUACAAUGAUCUCAAUCCGAAGGCAGUGACGAAUGACGACUUGUUCGGCAUUAUCAAUCCCACGACCAGAGAGUGGAAAGACGGCCUGUUCUCCUACAUCAUGCGAGAUCAGGCGAACAUGGGUGGGAGUGGCUCCAAGUGGAUAGUCCUCGAUGGUGACAUCGAUCCCAUGUGGAUAGAGAGCUUGAACACAGUGAUGGAUGACAAUAAGGUCCUGACGCUGGCGAGCAAUGAGAGAAUCGCCUUGACGAAGGAGAUGAGACUCCUGUUUGAAAUAGGACACUUGAAGUACGCAACGCCAGCCACAGUUUCACGCGCGGGAAUCCUGUACAUAAACCCUCAGGAUUUGGGGUGGUAUCCCUACGUCGCCUCCUGGAUGGACACGCGUGAUGAUCGCGAGAAGAUGCACUUGAUUCUCCUCUUUGAGAAGUAUGUGCCGCAUUUGGUGACGUCGGCGGGCAAAUUCAGGAAGAUCACACCAAUUUCUGACAUCGCAAUGGUGCAAAUGGUUUGUCAUCUGCUAGAUUGUCUGCUCACGCCGGCCAAUGUCCCUCUGGACAGUCCGAAGGAUGUGUACGAGCUGUACUUUGUCUUCGCCGCAAUCUGGGGCUUUGGCUCUGCUCUGUAUCAAGACCAGAUGUUCGAUUGGCGCGUCGAAUUCACCAAAUGGUGGUUCAGUGAGUUCAAAGAUGUCUCCUUUCCCGAUGACAUCUCCAUCUUCAACUGCUACAUAGACAAUAGAACCCAGAAGUUCGCCAAGUGGAAGGCAAUGAUUCCCCAAUGUGAUUUGGACUUGGAUAUUCCACUGCAAUCCAUUCUUGUUCCCACCGUGGAGACGACGAGACUUCGGUACUUUAUGGACAUCCUCAUGGAACGCCGUCGACCGGUGAUGCUCGUCGGUGGCGCAGGAUCGGGAAAGAGUGUGAUUGUGUCGGAUAAGCUGAACAAUCUGCAGGAUUCGUAUUUGGUGACAAAUGCCCCGUUCAACUUCUACACCACGUCGAACAUGCUGCAGAGCGUCCUGGAGAUGCCGCUGGAGAAGAAGGCGGGCAGGAACUUCGGACCGCCAGGCAAUAAGCAGAUGAUCUACUUCAUAGACGACAUCAAUAUGCCCGAAGUGGAUCAGUUCGGCACAGUUCAGCCGCACACAAUCAUCAGGCAAUUCAUGGACUAUCAACAUUGGUAUGAUAGGUCGAAAUUGACCCUCAAAGAGAUCCACAAUUGCCAAUUUGCCGCAUGCAUGAAUCCCACUUCCGGCUCAUUCACCAUUGAUCCGCGCCUGCAGCGACACUUCACGGUGUUCGCCGUGAAUUUUCCCUCAAGUGAAUCUCUGCUGCAGAUCUACAGCACAAUCCUGACGCAGCAUCUCGAAGACAGCAGCAACAAGUUCGUGCCGUCAGUGCAGAGACUCUGCACGCAAGUCACGGACGCCGCACUCACGCUGCACACUCGCAUGAGCCAGAUGUUCCUGCCCAAUGCCAUCAAGUUCCACUAUGUCUUCAACAUGCGCGACUUGGCGAACAUCUUCACGGGCAUUCUCUAUGCCACACACGAAACCUGCCCCGAUGACACGUCCAUGGCGCGUCUGUACAUCCACGAGGCCACGAGAGUGUACAGCGAUAAGUUGGUCAACAUGAAGGACAUCAACAGCUUCAAGAAGCUGGCCAGAGAGAUUGCUCGCAAGUCCUUCGAGGACUGCGACGAGCACAAGAUGUUCGAGGAGCCGCUGAUCUAUUGUCACUUCAGUGAGAGUCUCAGUGAUCCCAAGUACAUGCCAGUGAAGUCCUGGGAAUCCCUGUCCAAGCUACUGGAUCAGGCCCAAGUCAACUACAACGAGCUCGUGGGUCAUCUGGAUCUUGUGCUCUUCGAAGAUGCCAUGGCGCACGUGUGCAGAAUCAGCAGGAUCCUCGAGGCUCCGCGAGGGAACGCCCUGCUGAUCGGAGUGGGUGGUUCGGGAAAACAAUCCCUGGCACGCCUAGCCGCCUUCAUAUCCACUCUGUCUGUCUUCCAGAUCCAAUUGCGCAAGGAUUACGGCAUGCAAGAUCUUCGCAAUGACAUUGCGGCGCUGUAUCUCAAGGUUGGCGUGAAGAAUGUCCCAUCAGUCUUCCUCAUCUCCGAUGCUCAGGUGCCCGAGGAGGACUUCCUAGUCCUGAUCAAUGACAUGCUGGCGUCUGGCGAGGUGCCAGAUCUCUUUCCCGAGGACGACAUCGAGAGCAUCGUGGCGGCGGUGAAGAAUGAGGUGAAGCAGAGUGGAAUGCUGGAUACGAAGCAGAACUGCUGGAAGUUCUUCAUCGACAAAGUGCGACAGCAACUCAAGAUUGUCCUCUGCUUCUCACCUGUUGGCUCCACAUUGAGAGUCAGAGCGCGAAAGUUUCCCGCCAUUGUCAAUUGCACGGCAAUUAAUUGGUUCCACGAGUGGCCUCAGAGUGCGCUGGAGUCAGUUUCAUUCAAAUUCCUCUCGAAACUCAACUGUCUAUCGCCGGAACUGCGCACCUCCGUGUCUGAGUUUAUGGCCUACGUGCACGGCACGGUGAAUGAGAUGUCCGAGAUCUAUCUGCUGAAUGAGAAGCGCUACAACUACACCACUCCCAAGUCCUUCCUCGAGCUCAUAUCGCUCUACUCAAAGCUGCUGACGGCCAAGAAUGAGGAGGCCGAGGAGAGGAUCUUCCGCCUGGAGAAUGGCCUGACGAAGCUGUCAGAGUGUGCUCGCCAAGUGGACUUCCUGCAGGCUCAGCUGGCCGAGCAGGAGAUCAAUUUGAAGAUCAAGAACGAAGCUGCAGACAAGCUGAUUGUUGUCGUGAGUGCGGAGAAUAUGAUGGUGCAGAAGGAGAAGAACAUAUCGGCUCUGGAGGAGCAGAAAGUGAGGCGAAUUGAGGAAGAUGUCUCGGUGAAAGCAAAGCUCUGCGAGGAGGAUCUCAGGAAGGCCGAGCCGGCUCUUGUGGCAGCUCAAGAAGCACUUAACACCCUCAACAAGAACAACUUGACGGAGUUGCGUUCCUUCGGAGCGCCACCAGAAGCUGUGGUGAAUGUUUGCGCAGCUGUGAUGGUGUUGUUCGCGCCCAAGGGAAAGAUCCCCAAAGAUCGGAGCUGGCGAGCGGCCAAGGUGAUGAUGGGGAAGGUGGACACAUUUCUCAAUGACCUCAUAACGUACGACAAGGAGCACAUCCACCCGAAGGUGAUUGAGGCCCUCCAGCCUUAUCUGGAGGAUCCGGAGUUCGAUCCUGAAGCCAUAAUGGGCAAAUCCGCAGCUGCCGCUGGCCUGUGCGCAUGGGUGAUCAACAUAAAUAAAUUCUACGAAGUGUAUCAGAUUGUGGAGCCCAAGCAGAAGGCUCUGCAAGCUGCCCAGGAUGAACUUCAGGCGGCACAGGAGAAGUUGCAGUUCCUCAACAACAAAAUCCACGAACUUGAGGUGAAAUUGAAUGUGAUAAAGAGCGAAUUUGAUGCCGCCAUUGCGGAGAAGCAGAGAUAUCAGCAGGAGGCCGACAAGACGGCGUUCACCAUUGAUCUGGCGAAUAGAUUGGUUGGUGGUUUGGCGUCGGAGAAUGUUCGCUGGCGCGAAAGUGUGCUCCAGUCGAAGCUGAAGAUUGGAAAUCUAUCAGGAGAUGCCUUGCUGGUGUCCUGCUUCAUCUCCUACGUCGGCUCCUUCACCAGGCGCUACAGAAUUGAUCUGCUAGAGAAGAUGUGGAUUCCCACGUUCAACAGCAUAACACCUCUGAUUCCUCACAGUCCCGGAAAUGAUCCUCUGAGCCUGAUAUGUGACGAUGCCUUGACGGCAUCGUGGAACAACGAGGGACUGCCCAAUGAUAGAAUGUCCACGGAGAACGCAGCUAUUCUAACAAACUCCACACGAUGGCCUCUUAUGAUCGAUCCUCAAUUGCAAGGCAUCAAAUGGAUAAAGCAAAAGUACGCCAAGAACUUGGUCGUUCUGCGACUGUCCCAGAAAGGAUAUCUGGAUGUCAUAGAGAAGGCGCUCACAUCGGGCAGUGUCUUGCUGAUUGAGAACAUUGGAGAGUCCGUUGAUGCGGUGCUGGAUCCACUUCUGGGACGCGCUCUGAUCCGAAAGGGAAAAUUCAUCAAGAUUGGCGACAAGGAGAUUGAUUAUCAUCCCGAUUUCAGGUUAAUCCUGCAGACGAAGCACGCAAAUCCACACUAUAAACCCGAAAUGCAAGCCCAGACGACAUUAAUCAACUUCACAGUGACAAGAGAUGGACUUGAGGAGCAAUUGCUGGCUGGCGUUGUGAAGAUUGAGAGGCCAGACUUGGAGAAGCAAAAGGCGGAUUUGACAAUGCAGCAGAACUCCUUCAAGAUCUCCCUCAAACACUUGGAGGACGAUCUGCUCAGGAGGUUGGCCAAUGCUGGUGACAACGUUCUGGAAGAUCCAACGCUUGUAUUCAAUCUCGAGAAGACCAAGAAAACCGCCGCUGAUAUUGAGAUUAAAGUGAUCGAAGCGAAAAUCACAUCUUCCCAAAUUGAUAUUGCAAGAGAAAAUUAUCGAUCAGUGGCUGAGAGAGCAUCGAUUCUGUACUUCAUCCUCAAUGAUCUCUACAAGAUCAAUCCGAUCUAUCAAUUCAGCUUAAAGGCCUUCGUUGUGGUGUUCCACAAGGCCAUCAUCAAUGCACCGCAGACGCCAAAGAUCAACCAGAGAGUGAUUAAUCUCAUAGAUUCAAUUACUUUUGCUGUAUUUCAGUACACUUGUCGGGGGCUCUUUGAGCGAGACAAGUUGAUCUUCAUGGCACAGAUGAUGAUACAGAUUCUCUUGCAUGCCAGUGCAAUUAAGCAAGUUCAGCUGGAUUUCUUGCUGCGAUAUCCUUACAUUCCCAACACAAUCUCCCCAUUUGACUUCCUGUCCAACACUUCGUGGGGUGGAAUUAAGGCUUUAACACUCAUUGAGGACUUCCACGGACUGGAUAAAGACAUCGAGGCGUCGGCGAAGCGCUGGAAGAAGUUCAUAGAGUCAGAAACGCCAGAGCGAGAGAAACUCCCGGGUGAGUGGAAGGCCAAGAGAUCCGUCCAGAGACUCUGCAUCAUGCGAGCUCUCAGGCCGGACAGGAUGACUUAUGCUGUGAAGGUGUUCAUUGAGGAGAAGCUGGGCUUUCAGUAUGUGGACACCAAGAUCAUUGACUUUGCCUCGUCGUUUGAGGAAACCAAUGCAACGACGCCCAUCUUCUUCAUUCUCUCGCCAGGCGUGGAUCCUCUGGUCGAGGUGGAGAAGCUCGGGCAGAAGUUGGGCUACUCCAUGGAGAAUGGGAACUUCUUCAACGUCUCGCUGGGACAGGGUCAGGAGGUCGUGGCGGAGGCUGCAAUUGAUGAAUCUGCCAGGCACGGUCACUGGGUGAUUCUGCAGAAUAUCCACUUGGUGUCCAAGUGGCUUCCCACAUUGGAGAAGAGAGUUGAAGCCUCCAGCGAGAUUGCACACGACAACUAUCGCUUGUUCUUGAGCGCAGAACCAGCUCCAUCCGCUGAAUACCACUGCAUUCCUCAGAGUCUCCUUGAGUCGUCCAUUAAGAUCACAAAUGAGCCACCAACCGGCAUGAGAGCCAAUCUCCAUCAGGCGCUCAACAACUUCAGCCAGGACACGCUGGAAAUGUGCACGAAGGAGCCCGAAUUCAAGGCCAUUCUCUUCUCCCUGUGCUAUUUCCACGCCGUCGUUGCCGAGAGGAGGAAAUUCGGGGCGCAAGGAUGGAACAAGAACUAUCCGUUCAAUGUGGGUGAUCUCACGAUCAGUGUGUACGUCCUGUACAACUAUCUGGAGGCCAACAGUCGUGUGCCUUGGGAGGAUUUGAGGUAUCUCUUCGGCGAGAUCAUGUACGGCGGCCACAUCACGGAUGACUGGGAUCGACGGCUGUGCAAGACGUACUUGGAGGAGUACUUGCAGCCUGAUCUUGUGGGUGGAGAGCUGCACUUCUGCCCAGGCUUCCAGGUUCCACCCAACUCAGACUACACAGGCUAUCACAGCUACAUUGACAACAAUCUCCCGUCAGAAUCUCCUCAUCUCUACGGCCUGAAUCCCAAUGCUGAGAUAGGAUUCCUCACGAGUGUGUCAGAACACCUGUUCCGGACAGUUCUGGAGCUUCAGCCACGAGAAUCUGCGUCCAGUGCCGGAGCGCCAAUCCUCAAGGAGGACGCCGUGAGGAUGAUCAUUGAAGAUCUCAGCGAUAAAGUUCCCGAUGAGUUCAACAUCACCGAAAUGAUGGUGCGCGUGGAGGAGAGAUCGCCCUUCAUAGUCGUGGCGUUUCAGGAGUGCGAGCGAAUGAAUAUCCUGAUGAGGGAAAUCCGGAGGAGUCUGCGGGAGCUACACCUGGGACUGAAGGGCGAAUUGACGGUGACGGCUGAAAUGGAAGUGCUGCAGGAGGAUCUGUUCUACGAUCGCAUUCCUGAGUAUUGGGAGCGAUUGGCCUAUCCCAGUUGUCUGGGAUUGCAGUGCUGGCUGGCGGACUUGAUGCUGCGCUUCAAGGAGCUCGAGCAGUGGUCAUCGGACUUUGUUCUGCCCUCGUCUGUCUGGCUGGGUGGCUUCUUCAAUCCUCAGAGCUUCCUCACCGCCAUCAUGCAGCAGACGGCGCGGCGGAAUGAGCUGCCCUUGGACAGGAUGUGCCUGACUUGUGAGGUCACGCAGAAGUUCAGGGAGGACUUCACGGCUCCGCCAAAGGAAGGGGCCUUCAUCAAUGGCCUGUUCAUGGACGGCGCCCAGUGGGACAUGCUGGAGAAUGCAAUGAUCCCUGCCCGGCUCAAGGAGCUCUCCAGCAUGAUGCCAGUGGUGUUCGUGAAGGCCAUAACACAGGACAAACAGGAUCUCAAGAACAUCUACGAGUGUCCAGUGUACAAGACACGCGCCAGAGGAUCGACUUACGUCUGGACCUUCAAUCUCAGGACGCUAGAGCGCUCCUCAAAGUGGAUUUUGGGUGGAGUUUGCCUACUUCUACAGACAUAGGUUAUGAGCUUAAACUCACCU